AUGAGCCGUGGUUUAUGGAUCGAAAUUACUAAUCCGAAUUCACCAUGCUUUAAACAUUCGCUUAAAACAGCCCUGGAUGCAGCUUAUCAUGUUCUUGAAGUAUCACACAGUUUUGUCAGUCACCUGGAUAUCUUAAAGGCGGAAUUGGAAAAUAUUUAUACAGACAGCAUAGGCAACCAAGAUGAUAAAAGGCGCUGCAUUGAUGUUGCCUUAUUGGCUGCUGAGCGUUUAUUUUUUCAAACUGGAUUUACCCAUAUUGGACUUGCCAACUGUACUCGACAACAGCUGACCCAUGUUCUAAAGUAUGCCGACAAACAGCCAAAAUAUUUACAGGUUGAGGUUUCUGUACACUUUCCUAACUCCUCAAUUAUGGCAUUAUCUCGAACAGCCAAUAUUAUUACGAUCGCGUCAAAUGUGUUUGGCAAAUUCUCAGCAACAUUGUAA